AUGCCUACUCCCAACCACAGACUCGCUCCUUCUCUUGCUAGCACUAAUGCCCAGUUGCUACAAGCUUUGAAUGCGAUGAAAGAAGAGAUGAAGGCCAUGAAGGAUAAGAUCACAUUGAUGGAUACAAGAAUCGGUGUAGUAAUCACUGGUAACAUAACCGUCAUUAAUGAUAUUGAUGCCUUGUCUGCCCUCCCAGCACCUGUGCAUGUGCCCACAAGUGUUGCUCCCACAUCUGCUGCCCUUCCCACCACCAAAUCAGGUGAUACUAAUGCUGUAUUUGGAUACAUUCAUGAUUAUAUGUGGAACCCAAAGCUAAAAUCAAGAGACCAAGCAGAAAUCCAAGCAAAUGCCAUAAAACCAAAGUGGGCAGUUGAUGUUCGUUUUGAUUGCUCUCCAAAUAGAAAGUUAGUCGAACAACUCUUGUAUUACUUGGAAAAGAAGUUUGCUGGCACUGAUAUGAGGACACGCGACCUUUGUAAGUGUAUAUACACAAACUUCUGCAGUAGACAUUGCCAGCAAAGGGAACUUCUGGAAACAAGACAAGCCUUGAAUACUAAUUCAAGAAGAUCUGGCUGUGAAACUGAUUUGGUCAUGUCUGAAGGCGAAUCAGACGAUGAUAUGUCCCCCUCUCAGCCAAGAAAUGAGAUUCGUGUUGCUCGCCCAAGUUGGAGAAGUGACAAGCUUAACAACUUCAUUACGGAGGUUGACUCGUUUGUUAUAAAGCAAUUGGGUGCAAACUCCCACCAACUGCUUAAGAGAGUUUAUGGUAGAACAAUGGAAUCAACAGUCCCAAUUGAUUUAGAUUCUGCUCUACCUCAAUGGGCUCUUAGAAAUAGGUCAUAA